AUGACAUCACUUGAUAACCAAGGCCUAUGGUCUGACACAGACAUUCUGAAGUUACUGGAAGGCAUAAAGCACAAUAUCCAAUCAGAUGACUUCAGAGAAUUCAAUAGCACUCAGGCAGAACUAGACUGGAGCAACGUUGCUUUUGGGCUGUUUUCAGGAGAAAUGUGCAAACAGAAAUGGCUGGAGAUUUCUUGUAAUUUAAGAAAGUUCCGCACACUGGCAGAAUUAGUGCUAGAAGCCAAAGAACUUAUGAGAAAGCCACACAAAAAUCAUACGGACAAGCAGGAUCCUGACCGACUUAAAAGACCCUUGACUGCCUAUCUGCGCUUUUACAAGGAACAGAGACCCAAAUACUGUCAGAUGUACCCUAAUUACAGCAAUGCACAGCUCACCAAACUCUUGGCUAAGAAAUACCAUCAGCUGCCAGCAGAGAUAAAGCAGAGAUAUAUCCAGGACUUCAAGAAGGAGAAACAAGACUUUCAGGAAAAGAUGAGCCAAUUCAAGAAAAGGGGUUCUGUUUCAGGGCCUCCUAAGAAAUCUGUGGUGCCCCGGAGUCACCAAACCAAAGUCACUAAGAAAACACAAGGAGAUAUGAAAAACACAAAGUCUCUUCUAAAAAUGCAAUUUGCCAAUAUAUUUUCCUCAGAUAUCAAAUUUCAGAGAGAACCCAGGAAACCCCCUAUGAAUGCAUAUCACAAAUUUCACCAAGAUUCAUGGUCAAGUCCAGAGCUGAGGCACCUGUCCUUUAGGGAGCGCUGGGUUGAGAUCAGCAGGCGUUGGCAACGAGUCCCAAAGUACCAGAGAGAGCAUUAUGGAAAACAGGCUGAGAAGCUACAGGAACAAUACUUUGUGGAUUUGGACCUCUGGCUCAAGACAUUGUCUCCUGAGGAGUAUGCUGCAUACAAAGAGGCAAAGGCCAACUGUGGUAAGCGAAAGAACAUGGGCAUGUCUGGAGGCAGAAGCCACAAGUUUGGACAAACAGAUGAUCUGCAGCCCUCCUCACAGAAUGGGCUUCAAAUAAAACCUGGAGAGUCAGAGGAGCUGCUAGAUCCUGGGUCAGAUUCCUCAGAGUCUAUUGGCUCCCAGGCAUCCCAACAAGAUAUGAUGGAUGACAGCCAAGAGGAAGAUUCUAGCACCCCCUCAGACUCUAGUAGUACAGAUGAAGAAGAUGAAAAUCUUCCUCAAGGGAACCCUCUGGUUUAG